AUGCCCCUUCGAGACCACUUCAAUCAGCUCAAAGCCAAAGCUGAAGAGUUGAACAGAAAGCACAAUCUUCUCCCAAUCGGACAAAAUAGCGCUCACCAAACAUAUGUUCCACAAGGUCACCAAGGCUAUCCCGGCCAGCAACCGCAGUACCAGGGUCAAUGGCAGCCACAAUGGCAACCCCAAGGCCCGCAGCCUAAUCACUAUGAUCGACCACCGGCAGCGCCGCCGGUUCCUUUGCACUCUCGCCCGUCACAGUCUGGUGCCUCACCUGAAUAUCAGCAGUAUCCUCAGGUCUAUUGGCGGAUGAAUCCCCAGGCCGCAGUGAGCGUUGAUUUUGAGCAGAAGCAAGGUCACGGUGACCCAUAUGGCUGGGGCAAUGAUGAGCUGGAGAACUAUACGUCGCACUCGGAGAACAGCUUUUACACGGCUGACGGGAAGCUGAUCGUUCGCGCCAUCUCUCGGCCCGGACACCCCGACCCAGAGGCCCGCUUCACAUCGGCGCGCCUUGUGACGCGGCAGACGCUCGCGCAAACACGGGGCUGCUUGACAGCAUGGCUGACAUUGCCGAGAGCCGAAGGCAUUUGGCCCGCAUUCUGGAUGCUGCCACGGGAACCGUUUGAAUGGCCCCAUGAGGGGGAGGUGGACAUUGCAGAGAGCUGGAAUGGAGAGAUAGACAAUCACUCGUGCUUGCAUUGGGGUUCGUACGUGCGUGAAGAUUUACAGAAACACCUCGUGCGGAAAACGCCACUGCCUGAUGCCACGCAUCGUCCUGUCCGCUUCGACUUUGUCUGGAACUGCGAGAAUAUACCAUAUCGAAACGACGGCAAAAGUGCCGGUGGCGGGAGGUUGAUGUGGUGCAUUGACGGGCGGCCGAUUAUGAAGAACUUGAUGCCGGCAGGAACCCGGCCGAUUCAGGAUUGGUGCGUGCUAUUGAAUGUUGCUAUGGGAGGGACUGUAUGUAAGGGCAAGACGCCGCCUGAAGGCAUAUAUGAUAUGGUCGUACAUGGCCUACAGAUGUCUGACGGAAUGGAGGGCGGAUGGGGAAGGUUUGAGCAUGAGUGGCAGAAUUGCCCGGAUGGGAUAGUGACCUAUUGA